CCAGGCUCUCCCACCCUCGCUCCUCCAUUCGCUCUCAUCCUGGCCGUAGGUUGUGUCUCUGCCUACUCCGUGCGUAAGAGCGCACAGAUGGGAAUGUAAACGGAUGCUCUCCUGAAAACGCGCAAUCGGAGCUGCUGAGAGCGGCAGUGGACGGACGUACAGCGGAGCAACUUCCCCAAACUCCACUUCAGCCCGCGGAGAUUUCAUUUCUGCUCUCCAUCCGCGCUCCUGCUGUCUCUUCCGUUUGGAUGAGGAUCUGCUGGUAAAAUGUCGGAAGGCGGCGCGGCGCUGCCGGACUUCUCCGCCCGCCAGCAUCGUGCGCCUUCCCGCGUCGCUCCAGGUUUGCUCGUUUCUGCGUGAAGUUGAAGGCGGGAAGCCAGCGCGAUGGGGGGAAGAUUCUUCCUGCUCGCCUUCCUGUUGCUCAAACUCACGGCUCUGGUGUGCAAGGCGGACGGGGAGCCGGGGCUGCUCGGCGGGUUCGUCAUGAUCGCCACGUCCAACGGGUCCCGGGAGGAGGACGGCGCGCCGGAGGAGGCGCCGCACACCGAGGAGCAGUGCCGGGGUUACUACGACGUGAUGGGCCAGUGGGACCCGCCGUUCGUCUGCAAGACGGGAGACUACCUGUACUGCUGCGGCACCUGUGGCUUCCGCUUCUGCUGCUCCCUGAAACACUCGCGGCUGGACCAGAGCACCUGCAAGAACUACGACACGCCGGUGUGGAUGAAGACCGGCCAGACGCCCUACAAGAAGAUGAACAAGAUGCACGACAGCACCAAAGACAAGACCAACCUGAUCGUCUACAUCAUCUGCGGCGUGGUGGCCAUCAUGGCUCUGGUCGGCAUCUUCACCAAGCUGGGGCUGGAGAAGGCGCACCGGCCGCAGAGGGAGAACAUGUCCAGGGCCGUAGCCAGCGUGCUGCAGGGCGGGGGCCCAGGUGAGCCGUUCCGGGGGGAGGAGGCUCUCGGGAUUCACUCUCAGCACUUCGUCUCCAGACCGCCAGCCCUCCAAGGCGGCCAGCUGAACAACAACGUGGCGGCCAGCUCCAGCGUUGGCCCGCAGCACCCCUACCCGGCGCUCAGCCAGCUGGCUCAGGCCUACGAACAGCAGCAGCAGCAGCAGCAGCAGAACGCCGACCUGAACAAGUACGCCUCCCUGAAGGCCGUAGCUGCCAAGUACAACGGAGAAAUCUACAACAAGCGGCGGCUGAUGGUGGAGCUGCCGACGAAAGGCGGCCUUCGUCUCCAACCGAUGGGAAACUCUCGGAGCGCCAUGGGCAACCUGUCGAUGACGCCGCCGAUGGCCGCCAACACCAUGCCGUCAAACCCCCUGACCUCUAACCCCUUGAACUCCUCCAUGACACAGAUGGCCUCAAUGGCCUCAAUGGCCUCAAUGGCUUCAAUGGCCCCAAUGGCCCCAAUGGCCUCAAUGGCCUCAAUGGCUUCAAUGACGGCGAUGACGUCCAUGCCGAUGACGUCCAUGCCGCAGAUGACCUCGCUCUCCCCAAUGCCCUCCAUAACCCCCAUGACCUCUUUAGGUCCACUGACUCCGGAGCCUGUGGCCACCUACGUGACGGAGAUGCCCAGCAUCUCGUCCGUCUCCACCCUGCCGACGGAGCGGCACAUUGCGGGCGGCAGCGGCGGACUCAAGCCCAACGGCCAAAAGCCCAAAGGCGGCCAUGCGGCCCACAGCUCCUACAGCUCCCACACGCACACCCACACCCACAGUAGCAAGGCGCCAGGACUCGGGGCUUCUUCCCUGGUGCACAUGGUGGGGACGAUGCCAGGCGGCAUGUCCAGGGCCGUCGAGACCGCCUUCGGCUCGAGCUCGGCCACCAUGGGCCGGCCGUUUGCCUACAGCUCCAACACCAUCGCUGGGCACGCGGCGGGCUUYGGCAUAAAGGGCUGGGACGGGACGGAGACGGUGGGCAGGAGAAAGAGCUACGGGCACAAGAGGCCCCAGUGCACGGUGCUGGAGCCCAACCAGCUGCACGGCUCCCGGGGCCAGAGCCACAGCCAGCACUUCCUGCCCACGCAGCCCUACUUUGUKACCAACAGCAAGACGGAGGUGACUGUGUGAGAGCGAGAGGAACGGAGACGCAAAUAAUCUCUGUUUGGAGACGCCGCCUCCUGGGGAGCUCCGGAGGAGGCGGAGCUUCGUCGUCUGAGUGAACGUUGCCUUGAAGUCAGAGCCAACCAAUCAGAUCACGCUUCAGACGCUGACAACAGACAAUACGUACCUGAGGCCAUGUUUGUACGUUUGUGCCGAUGUUCGAGUUGUCUCCUCCUCUCUGACGAUGUCCAACGUCAGAGGGUCAGAAACCAAACCUGAUAGCAAUAUCGCAGAUGAAGAGCGAUGUCAUGGUAACGGAGAAAAACCGAGUUAUUUACCCAGAAGCCUUCAGGAGAGGCUUCCUCAACGAAACACCAAACGGUCUGGAGGAAGAAACGUUUCGCUCAUGAUCCACAAGCGUUUCUCCUGAGAGCUUUGAAGCAAAGCACACAGUGAUGAUGAUGAUGAUGAUGAUGAUGAUGAUGAUGAUGAUGAUGCAGCAAAAACAGAAAAAUUCAAACGGUUUUUUAAUCUGAUUGGGUCCCAAAGACUCAAUCUCAGAUUAAAUCCUCUUAAUCCCUGAGAUCCUUCAGUUUUAAUAAUCUGGCAGCUUUUUUAAUACUAAACAACCAAACAGGAUGAAUGUUUUCAACCAUAAUGACCUAGUCAAAGUUUAUUUAUGGAGAAACUUUAAAAUCAACCAAAGCUGACCAACAGUGGUUAACGAAGACAGAAUAUCGAACAAAAUGGACGAAAAGUCUAAAAUACGGAAACUUUACAGAAACAAAAUGGAGUCGCGCUCAACGAGAUUAAAACUACGGAGAAACACUGAGACUCAAAACCAACAGGAGAAAAAAUCAGUGGAUCAGAAUAAUAACAGGUUAAUAUGCAAAAAGACCUAAAAUUAACUUUCCCAGAAGAAUAUCUGAUACUUCAGACUUUCACUACAUUUUCUUGAAUUAAGAUGCAGUUUUAAAUAAUGAGAAUAAAGUUGUAAAAUUAGCAGAAUAAUGCUACAUGGGCACCAUGCUAAGUGGGCGCCACGCUAUGCGGGCGCCAUGCUAAGUGGGCGCCACGCUAAGUGGGCGCCACGAUAAGCGGGCGCCAUGCUAUGCGAGCGCCAUGCUAAGUGGGCGCCACGCUAAGCGGGCGCCAUGCUAUGCGGGCGCCACGCUAAGCGGGCGCCAUGCUAAGCGGGCGCUACGCUAAGCGGGCGCCAUGCUAAGUGGGCGCUACGCUAAGUGGGCGCUACGCUAAGUGGGCGCCAUGCUAAGCGGAUGCUCUAAUAAUCUCCGUGGGACCAAAUGUCUACAGAACGAGUUUAGAGUGAAGCUUCUCGCCUGAAACAUUUUAAACCAGGGACCAAACAUAAAGAUUCAUGUUCAUACGGCUGGCCUCAUUUUGUGCAAAAACUGUAAAAUAUUUUUAAAGAAUUGUCCUAACCUUUCUAAAAGCCUUAUUUUCUAUCAGAUUAUUCUCUGAACUCCAGUUUUACCCACAGAAAGAGAGAAAAACCAUCUGGAAAAAUCUAUGUGGGUUAAAUGACUCAAAUAUAAAAAUAAACCCGUGAGUGUGACAAAUAGGCCAAAUCUUCGAAGGGCUUCUUCAAGCCUGUUUGCAUGUUUCCGUUUCCGGAUCCUUCCUCUCCCAUCGGAGCGUUAGAGCAGGAGGAAGAAACAGAGGCGCUGAAGUUUCUUCAGACAUGGAGGAAGUCAGAGCAGCUGAGCGAAGAACCUGAUCCAGUCUGACGUCACUGCCGGCGCCGCGCGGUGCGGCAAUCAGAGGGUCACCUGACGCUGAGGCGACCAAUCAGAGGGCUGG